AUGUACCUCGUCUUGACUCUUGGCGAAGCGAAGCACAUCACCCACACCGAGUCCAAAACCCUCAACCCGGAGUGGAACGAACAAUGCGAGCUACCCGUCGCCGGCGUCCAGAGCCUCUUGUUGGACGUGUGUGCCUGGGAUAAGGAUCGCUUCGGGAAGGACUAUCUCGGCGAGUUCGACCUUGCACUGGAAGAGAUCUUCGCCGACGAGAAGACAGAGCAGAUGCCCAAGUGGUACCCCCUGAAGAGCAAGCGGCCCGGAAAGAAGACCAGCAUUGUUUCAGGGGAGGUCUUGCUACAAUUUACCCUCUUUGACAGCACCAAUCCACAGGCCACCGACGAACAAACCUUCGAGAAGUUUACCGCGCUGGUCAAAUCAGCCCCGGGCGCCGACACGUCACGAAACCCUACACCAUCGCGAACCCCGGUUCUUGCCCCAACCAAACAGGGCAAGGCCCCCUCACCCUCCCCGCCCCUCGGUGAAAGGCGGGCGGAGGAACACGAGGAGGAGGACGAGUACGAUGUUUACGAGGACGAGACGCCAGAAGAUGAAGACCCAACCAAGCCGGAGGCGGCGGAGAAGAGGCGGAGAAAACUGCGGAUUCGGGGCCUGAAGCGCAAGAAGAGGGACAACCCCUACGAGUUCAUCAACGGCGGCAGUGAUGUGGUUGGCAUCAUCUUCCUCGAGAUCGGCAAGAUUACCGACCUGCCGCCCGAGUCCAACCUGACCAAGACCAGCUUCGACAUGGACCCGUUCGUUGUUGCCUCGCUGGGCAAGAAGACUUACAGAACGAAGACAAUCCGACACAACUUGAACCCCGUUUUCAACGAGAAGAUGAUUUUCCAAGUUCUUGGCCACGAGCAACUCUACAGCUUCUCGUUCACCGUCAUUGACCGCGACAAGUACUCGGGCAACGACUUCAUUGCGUCGGUGAACUUCCCGGUGAAGGACCUCAUCGACAAGGCCCCAAAAGCGGAUUCGGAGACCGGGCUGUACAACUUGAAGGAUGUGCCUGACUUCUCAGCUCCGGCGCAGCGUCCUCGUUUCAUGAGACUGGGGUUAUCGCGCACCCCUUCGACUCAGAGCCUGAGCAAGCUCACCAGGCCCGGUCUGUCCAAGAACCCGUCCACCGCGACGGCCGCGAGUGUCGGGUCGCCUGUGCCUACCCCUGCCCCAAGCCCUGGUGCUUCCCAGGUCCUUGGUGACGGCUUUCCAGAAUCUCCCCAGCCUGCGGUUGCCAACACCGGGCUCCUUCACCCAGGAGAUAAUGCCGUUGCCGCUGCUGCCUCUACCCUUGGAGAAACGACGCCGCCCGACGGUGAGGAUCCGGAGUUCAUCCCAUACACACUUCCGCUCAAGAUGAAGAACCAAGAAAAGUGGGAAGACAAGCACAACCCACAAAUGUUCAUCCGUGCCAAGUAUAUGCCUUAUCCAGCGCUUCGUCAACAGUUCUGGAGGGCAAUGCUGAAGCAGUACGACACCGACGAGAGCGGCCUCAUCAGCAAGGUUGAGCUGUCGACCAUGCUCGACACCCUGGGCUCGACAUUGCGUGAGUCCACCAUCGAUAGCUUUUUCCAACGUUUCCCUCAUAAGGCGGGCGGUAACGAUGAUGCGGAGGACUUGACCAUGGACGAGGCAGUCAUCUGCCUCGAGGACCAAUUGCAAGCCAAGUCGCGACCACAGGGUGUGGCGGAGCGGGUGAAGAACAUGCUUCCGGAUGCCGACAAGGUCAAGAAUCUGCUUGUUCCCACGCAUUCGGGAACUGACACGCCGGCUGAGGGUCUCGAGACGCCAUCCGAGUCGCAAACUACCGACACGUCGACGAUCUCUGUCCCAGAACUGAGCACGCCUGGCGAGGAGGGUGAUGCGCUUGAUCGGGACGACUUAAAUAUCAACACGAGUGAGGAACACGUUGUUGAGAUUCGGGAGUGUCCCAUCUGCCACCAGCCGCGCCUAAACAAGCGCAAAGACGCCGACAUCAUCACGCAUAUUGCAACUUGCGCGAGCCAGGACUGGCGCCAGGUCAACAACCUGAUGAUGGGCGGGUUCGUCACUUCCAGCCAGGCGCAGCGCAAAUGGUACUCCAAGGUCAUCACCAAGAUCUCGUAUGGAGGCUAUAAGUUGGGGGCCAACUCGGCCAAUAUCCUGGUCCAGGACCGUAUAACGGGCCAGAUCAACGAGGAGAAGAUGAGCGUAUACGUGCGCCUUGGCAUCCGACUCCUGUACAAGGGCCUGAAAUCGAACAGCAUGGAGAAGAAGAGGAUCCGCAAACUCCUCAAGAGCCUCAGCAUCAAGCAGGGCAAAAAGUACGACGACCCAGCGUCCAAGGCCGAGAUCCCCAAGUUCAUCGCCUUCCACGGCCUCGAUCUCUCCGAGGUACUGCUCCCGCUCAACGAGUUCAAGAGCUUCAACGAGUUUUUCUACAGGGCGCUCAAGCCCACCGCGCGCCCCUGCUCGGCGCCCAACAACCCGCGCAUCAUCGUGUCGCCCGCCGACUGCCGCUCCGUCGUGUUUAACCGCAUCGAGACGGCCACCAAGGUUUGGGUCAAGGGCCGCGAGUUCAGCAUCAAGCGGCUCCUCGGCGACGCAUACCCCGAAGACGUAGGCCGCUACGAGACCGGCGGCGCCCUGGGCGUGUUCCGCCUCGCGCCGCAGGACUACCACCGCUUCCACAUCCCCGUCGACGGCAUCAUGCGCGAACCCAAGACGAUCGCCGGCGAGUACUACACGGUCAACCCCAUGGCCAUCCGCUCCGCGCUGGACGUGUACGGCGAGAACGUGCGCAUCAUCGUGCCCAUCGACACGGCCGAGUUUGGCCGCGUCAUGGUCAUCUGCGUCGGCGCCAUGAUGGUCGGCAGCACCGUCAUCACGCGUAGCGAGGGCGAGGAGGUCCGCCGCGGCGAGGAGCUGGGCUACUUCAAAUUUGGCGGGAGCACGCUCGUGCUGCUGUUUGAAAGCGGCAAGAUGGUCUUUGACGACGACUUGGUGGACAACUCGAACACGGCGCUGGAGACAUUGAUCCGCGUCGGCAUGUCCGUCGGCCACGCCCCCGACGAGCCCAUGUGGACGCCCGACAUGCGCAAGGACGAGAACCAGAUCACGGCCGCCGACAAGGCCGAGGCUAAGCGCCGCAUCCAGGGCCAGGUCGCCGAGGAGUCGCCCGACGACAGCGCCAGCGCUAGUGGGGUGGAGGCGGAGGCUGCAGAGGGCGGCGCCGACGGGGAUGGAGGGGUCUCGGUAAGGGUGCCGCCCGUGGCGUCGCUUGCUGGGUGA